CCCGAUAACAAAGUCUCGGUGUACUAUAUAAGCGGAAAUUACCGCGUUUCAACUUCAAAAUCACUCGAGGCUUCUACUUUCCUUCACUGUUGAGGCUUCCGAAGCAGAGUGAUAGAAAGAAACUGAAAAGUAGUUGUAGCCGAGAGAGAAACCAUGGAGCGCAAGAGCGAGAAGAGUAGCGAAAGCACUGUCAGCGGUCAACGCCGCCGCGUUGGUUUACUAUACGACGAGAGGAUGUGCAAGCACCACAUACCAGACGACGAGGACCAUCCCGAGACUCCAAAUCGCAUCAGAGCUAUCUGGAACAAACUCCAAAGCGCCGGCAUUACCGAACGAUGCGUGAUCCUGGAAGCCAAUGAAGCUGAAGACAAGCAUAUACUGUUAGUGCAUUCUAAAAAUCAUGUGAAUCUGAUUAAGAACAUCAGUUCAAAGAAGUUCAAUUCGCAGAGGCGCAAUAUUGCGUCGAAAUUGAAUUCGAUAUACUUCAACGAAGGUUCAUCAGAGUCUGCUUACCUUGCUGCUGGCUCUGCUAUAGAGGUUGUUAAAAGAGUGGCAAGCAGGGAAUUGGAUUCUGCUGUUGCCAUUGUUAGGCCUCCAGGUCAUCAUGCAGAACCAAAUGAAGCUAUGGGAUUUUGUCUGUUCAACAAUGUGGCAAUUGCAGCAAGAUAUCUCUUAGAUAAAAGACCAGAAUUAGGUGUGAAGAAAAUUUUAAUUGUUGAUUGGGAUGUUCAUCAUGGAAAUGGUACUCAAAAAAUGUUCUGGAAUGACUCUCGAGUUUUAUUCUUCUCUGUUCACAGGCAUGAGUUUGGGAGUUUUUAUCCGGCUAAUGAUGAUGGAUUUUAUACCAUGGUUGGAGAAGGAGCGGGUGCAGGAUAUAAUAUAAAUGUCCCCUGGGAGAAUAGGGGAUGUGGUGAUGCUGAUUACUUUGCAGUGUGGGACCAUAUCUUGCUUCCCGUUACCAAAGAAUUUAACCCAGACAUGAUUAUAGUUUCUGCUGGAUUUGAUGCAGCUGUUGGUGACCCUUUGGGAGGAUGUCGUGUCUCACCAUUUGGUUAUUCUGUUUUGUUGGAAAAGUUGAUGAAUUUUGCUGAAGGGAGGAUUGUAUUGAUUUUAGAAGGAGGAUAUAAUCUUGAUUCCAUUGCAAAAUCAAUGCAUUCUUGUUUGGAAGUUUUGCUAGAAGACAAGCCUGUUACUGGAUCCUCAGAGGCCUAUCCAUUUGAGUCUACAUGGCGGGUGAUUCAAGCGGUUCGCCAGCAGUUAAAUCCGUUUUGGCCUACACUUGCAUGUGAAUUACCGCCAAAGAUAAUCUCACAAAUGGCGCCUCCUCCACAUACUCUUAUCUCGAGCUCAGACUCCGAGGCUGAGGAUGAUAAUGGUGCACCAAGUUCAGAAAAUCUUGGAGAACUUCUUGAGGAUGUCAUAAAACCAUUUUCCAAUCUGAAAGUUGAUGCCGAUGAAGAGACUGAUGUUUCUAGUUCUUGGCGAUCUGAAUUAUCAAAUGUUUAUAUAUGGUAUGCCUCAUAUGGAUCAAAUAUGUGGAAAGCAAGAUUGCAUUGCUACCUAGCAGGUGGACAGGUGGAAGGUAUGCAGAGACACUGUUCUGGUUCAGCGAACAGAACAAUGCCAAAGGAGAUCCUGUGGAAGACUUUCCCUUGUCAUAUAUUUUUUGGUCGUGAUUCAUCGCAUUCAUGGGGUCCGGGAGGAGUUGCAUUUCUUAAUCCUGAGAAUAACUUUCAGCACAACACCUACAUGUGCCUGUACAAAAUUUCGCUAGAGCAGUUCAAUGAUAUUUUAUUUCAGGAAAAUGGUUUAAGCCUUAACGCGGGCGCUCCCUUAUUUGAUAUAACUACCCUGAAUGCUAUCUCUGACAAGGAGUUCAACUCCCAGCAGAUUGUCAAGAGUGGUUGGUAUGGUAAUGUUGUCUACUUAGGAAAGGAGCAGGAGAUUCCAAUAAUUACCAUGACGUGUACGCUUCUUGAUAUUGAACGGUUCAAAUCUGGGAAGCUACCAGUACGUGCCCCAAAUAAAGCGUAUGCCAACACCUUAAUAAAAGGGUUGGUAGAGGGAGAACAGCUUUCGGAGGCAGAAGCCAUCGCUUACAUAGAAGGUGCUGCUAAAUCGUUGUGAUUAGCAUAGGCGUGUUAUUUGCUUUGGGUGUAAGAUUUUCAAGAACCAGUUGUACAGAAAUAUUGUUCCAUUGUAGAUAUUGGAUAACUAACCACCUCCCGGUAGUGCUCUGGAUUCUGCAGAUUUAUCGUAGUUUAGUGUGCGCCUCGUGCGUGAGCUACACUUUUUGCUACAACGGUGGUGCCUGUAUUGCAUGCAUAUUGAGUGGUACCUACAUUUGAUGGUAACUAGAAUAUUUAUUGAAGACAAGGAAAUUGUCUAAAUUAUUCAAUUGUUGCUUUAUAUAUAACAACGAUUAUAGGUUUUUUUUUUUGUUUUUAAA